GAUGAGUUUUGGAACGCCAAAUCGACAAUGGUGAUCAGUCAGUGAUCAGUAGGUCGGUGAGACCUGGGACAUAUCGAGCUAUGUUUUUCUCACAAUUCUAAUGAAUUUCUUACGAGUAAUAUCUCAUUCUUUGUCUAUUUAAAACUAUAUUUAAUUACGAAAUGGCAUCUCUCGCUCGCGUUAGUAUCGUGAGACUUGGAUACAAUAACCUUACUAGACAAUUAUGUAAGGUGACAGCUACUAGUAAUGUAAUGCAAUCUGCCUUCAUUUCGCAUAAAGCGAAACGAGUAGAUCGAUAUCGGAUCGCACCAUUUGAUUACUUAUAUAAAAAAUAUGGUGCCUGGGCUCAGAUGUUUGAUCCAAUGUUUGACCGAUGCGAUGAAAAUGCCAAGAUAAUCGUCGUCGAAGGCCCGAUCGCCGCAGGAAAAUCUAAGGUGGCCGCGAAAUUGGCGGAAGAAUUCGAGAUGAUUUAUCUACCACCACCAACCUUUGACGAGUAUUACAUAACUGAAUUCGGAUACGAUCUACGUACACUGGACGACAGACUGUCUCCGGGUGCACAAUCAUGCGACGUAAAAAAAUUCCUAACGAAUCCGCAUCAUGUCAAUGUACCUAUGUUUCAAUUCCAUUACUUCCAAUUGAAGUUUGAUCAAUAUAUUACAACUCUGCUGCACUUGUUGUCCACUGGUCAAGGAGUAGUACUCAAUCGUUGUUUCUAUUCAGAUUAUGUAUUUGCGAAGGCAAUGACAAAUGCCGGUUAUAUGCGUCCAGAGGCGUUGAAAUUUUAUGCUGACAUCGUGCAUGUUGCAAAAUAUCAGAUGCUGAGACCUCAUGUGAUCGUUUACUUGGAUGCACCUGUGGAUACGGUCAAGGAGAAAAUAAAAAAACGGGGUACACCAUACGAAGUGAAUUCAAAAGUUCUCACUACAGAAUAUCUUCAAGAUAUUGAAAAUUUUUACAAGUUCGAUUAUCUGAAAGAUAUUGUAAAGCAUUCUCACGUAUUAGUUUACGACUGGACGAAUGAAGGAGAUAUUUCUACCAUAGUCGAAGAUAUUGAAAUGUUAAAAUUUGAUUACGAUGACAAGGCAGAUAAAAUGGCAGAUUGGAGAUUCAAUAAUGUUGACGAAAUUCGUUCUAAGAGGCUACUUUAUGAAAAUAGAUAUUAUCUACAUGUAGAUUAUUAUAGAAAUGAGCCUACAGUGCCAGAAUUGCACCAUUCACCUGAAGAAUUGAUGGAAAUAGAGAAGGCGAUGAAUACUGUACCCGGAAAUGACUAUAUGAAAGGAUUUAAUCCUAAGAUGGGGGAUAAAAAUAUUUGGUGGAAAUCAGAAUCAUCUUUCCGUUUAAACACCCUAAGACCUAAUGCCCGCGACGUAAAGGUGAUAAUUGAAGAAAUGAAGAAACUCAAGGCUGCAGCAUCAAAAUGAAAGCGAGGGCGACGUUUAGGAAAGAAAUAGAGCUUGUAAAUGAUACUUGAAGUAAAAAUAAAUUUUACUUUCAAUCGGAAAGUGCUCUGUUUUUACUAAAUUAAUUUUUGCGGUUUUAAUACCAUUUGUCAUGAAUAAUGAAAUAUUUUAACAUAAAUUUUUAUAUCUGAAUAUAUAAAAUAUUUCUUCAUAAUUUUGUGUAUUUAAAAAAAAUCCAAAUUCUAAAUUUAAAAAAAAAAACUUAAUUGCUUACAAUCCCAUAAACUCAUGUAUUGUGUUUAAAUAAAUUUACUUCGUACUUGUGA